CCAAUGAUUGGAGGAGGCAAUAUCACAGAGAUCACUUAUUUUAUCCUCUUGGGAUUCUCAGAUUUUCCCAGGAUCAUCGCAUUACUUUUUGCUGUAUUCCUGGUGAUAUACAUUUUGACCCUGACGUGGAACCUGUCGCUCAUCAUCUUAAUAGGAAUAGACUCCCACCUCCACACCCCCAUGUACUUCUUCCUCAGUAACCUGUCCUUCAUGGACAUCUGCUACGUGACUGCCACAGCCCCCAAGAUGCUCUACGACUUCUUCCAGGAGCGGCAAACUAUCACCUUUGUGGGCUGUGUUGUUCAGUACUUUGUAUUUUCCACCAUGGGGCUGAGUGAGUCUUGCCUCAUGACCGCCAUGGCUUAUGACCGAUAUGCUGCCAUUUGUAACCCACUCCUCUAUUCCUCAAUCAUGUCGCCUGCUCUCUGUGGUCGGAUGGUGCUGGGAUCCUACAUGGCUGGACUCUCUGCUUCUAUAUCCCAAUUGUGUUUCAUGUUGCAGUUCCAGUUCUGUGGUCCUAAUGUCAUCAACCACUUCUUCUGUGACAUGCCUCAGCUGUUAGUUCUGUCCUGCACUGACACGCUCUCUGUACAACUCUUCACUGCUCUAUUGACAAUGAUCUUUGGGAUAAUAAAUGUUUCCAUUAUCAUGAUAUCCUAUGUCUACAUUGUCAUCUCCAUCCUGAAGAUCACUUCCGUGAAAGGCAGAUCCAAAGCUUUCAACACCUGUGCUUCCCACCUGACGGCAGUGAGCCUCUUCUAUACCUCAGGGAUGUUUGUCUAUUUGAGCUCCAGCUCUGGCGGUUCCUCCAGCUUUGACAGAUUUGCAUCGGUCUUCUACACGGUAAUGAUUCCCAUGCUGAAUCCCUUGAUUUACAGUCUGAGAAACAAAGACAUCAAAGAUGCCUUGAAGAGGUUGCAAAAGAAGAAAGGAUGUUGCUGA